AUGUCGUGCUGCGGGGGUGCGGAGGAGGAAAACUUUGGUCCACCUGCUAAUCAAUAUAACGCUGCCCCACCUAGAGGUGGAAGUACAUAUGGAGCAGGAGGCAAUGACAGAGGAGAGCCAAGGAGUUCCAAUACGGUCAAAAGUGGAGCUCCACAGAAGGCCUUACCGAUCGAAAUACCGGCUAUGUCAUUGGAUGAAUUGAAUAGGUUAACGGGUAACUUUGGUCAGAAGGCGUUGAUAGGAGAAGGUUCUUAUGGCCGAGUUUUCUAUGCAAAAUUGAGUAAUGGUAAGAAUGCUGCAAUAAAGAAGUUGGAUACAUCACAAGAGCCAGACUCCGAUUUCUCAGCUCAAUUAUCAACAGUGUCAAGACUUAAGCAUGAGCAUUUUGUGGAGUUGAUGGGGUAUUGCUUGGACGCAAAUAAUCGAAUUUUGAUAUAUGAGUUUGCAGCAAUGGGCUCUUUACAUGACAUAUUACAUGGAAGGAAAGGAGUACAAGGGGCUGAACCAGGUCCAGUUCUUACUUGGAAUCAGAGAAUUAAAAUUGCCUAUGGUGCAGCCAAAGGCCUUGAGUAUCUGCACGAAAAAGUUCAACCUUCAAUUGUUCAUCGCGAUGUCAGAUCCAGCAAUGUCCUCCUCUUUGAUGACCACGUCGCCAAAGUCGCAGACUUCAACUUGACAAAUCAGUCAUCUGACACAGCUGCGCGACUGCAUUCGACUAGAGUCUUAGGAACAUUUGGUUAUCAUGCUCCUGAGUAUGCCAUGACAGGGCAGAUUACUCAGAAGAGUGAUGUUUACAGUUUUGGGGUUGUUCUACUAGAGCUUUUGACAGGAAGAAAACCUGUAGAUCAUACAAUGCCUAAGGGGCAACAGAGUCUUGUUACUUGGGCAACUCCAAGAUUGAGUGAGGACAAAGUGAAGCAGUGUAUUGAUCCCAAGCUAAACAAUGACUUCCAACAAAAGGCAAUUGCUAAGUUGGCAGCAGUGGCAGCACUUUGUGUUCAGUAUGAGGCGGACUUCAGGCCAAACAUGACGAUUGUUGUGAAGGCUCUACAGCCACUGCUUAACUCAAAGCCUGCAGGCCCAGAUUCAAACGCCUAA